GCGGAGGGUGACAAAGCUUGGCAGAACUCCAGACUCGCGGAGAUGCAACUUAGAUCUGAUUUUAAAUUCAAUCGAACAUAAAAAUCAACUUCCCUAUGGCAAGAUGGUGCAUGCUGGAGCCUGGAGGACGCCCUCUCCCGUCACUGAUCAACAACAAUUUUGAGCGCCUGGAACAAGUUCCGAACAACUCACAUAGCUACUACUGGAAAUGCAAACAUUGCGGAGACACUGCUGGUAGCUUAUCAGGUGCUCGAAUCCAAGUCGUGACAACAACCUACCGAGCCAUCUUAUCAAGCACUGUACAAAUGCAACUGCUCCUCUACGUCAAGCAGCGCACCUAUUUAAGGUUGGGAUUGCUGUUGAGAUUUGAGACUGCACGGGAUCUUGAAGCAUCUGUUGCGUGGGCAUCCCCACUGUUGAUCAAGCCUCGUGAUGCAGAUGACCUCCUUGUCGGUUCAGAGAGUAUGUCGCCUGGCAAUGUCGCUGCCGAAUUUGUGGCUCUCGAAAAGUUGAAGAACAUCAACACUGGAGAAGUUUAG